GUAAAGCUUGGGCUAAUUUUCAUUUGAAAGUGAACUAAUCCUUUAACUAUUGAGGAAGAUUUUUUUCUUUCUUUUUUUUUUUUUCUUAAAGUGAGCUAGUUAGGGUGGCUAUCUCUCACAGUAUCAGCAACUCAGCAUUAUCCAGCAGCUCACAGUACCGCAUCGUGAAUUAUUCUUGCUUACUGGCAGCUCUCAUAAAAAGCCAGCACUCUGGCUGUGUUCAAAAUCACCCUCUAUACCCUCAUUUUCUAUUCCCUACAUUAGUCCACUGAUAUAGAUCACUUGAUGGAGUGAAUAGAAAAAUGAAUGAGUGAAUUCGGACACUGAGCACGCCAAAAGGGCUGCUGCAGUUUGUGCUCGCUGUUUAAUAAUCAUUUGAAACUAAGCAAACUAGCAGCACCAGCAGUAAGAUUAAAAGAUUUAUCUUGAACUCUGUCAUGGAAAUGAUGUACAAACCCUAAUUAAACAAUUUAAUAAUUAAUCAAAAAGCAAUUUAUAUCCGUGUAAUAUUAUGCUGUAGCCACACUGAACCAGUGGUUUGGAAAAUGGAUGGAUGAUUCAGGUGCGGGCGCCAUCUACUGGCAAGAGACCGUCACAGUGCAUUAUGGGUAUUCUCUAGCCUUUGAGUGCAGUUGAGUGUACAUAGGUUGUACACUCUUUAUUGCAGUGCAUUAUGGGAAUGAGUGAAUGCACUCAAUAAUGUCCACUAAUGUUUCAGACACCCCUACAAAUGACUGUCCUUUCAAAUAGUGCCCUAUUUAAGGGUAUGUGGCCGAUUUCGGACACAGCCUCUGUUCUGUCUUCUGCUCAGUAUAGAUACACUGGGCCAUCGACCAGUAUUAAAUCAUGAAAAGUGUGAAAAGCAUCACGAGAGACCACUUUAAAUGACUUGGUCUCAAACAUAACAUUACAAUAAUAAAGAACAUAAACAAUUUAAAGAGCUCUGACAUGUACCACCUGACUGCUGCAGAUUCAUUUAGGCGUUGAUAGUGAUGCCAGAAAAACACAUCUAUUUGAGUCUGAGGAUGUGAACAGCUCCGAGAAGAACGACACGGUUUGCCAUCUCGUAAUUAUGGUUACAACAUGGCGUGAACACAGUGUAAGCUCAUUGUUUUGGUUCACGAGUGGCACUCUGCGACUAUACAUCUCUGCACAGCAACUGUACAACCAAACAUUUAGGAAGACGGUGCACUCAAUAUGGUGAAUAAGCCUCGCCUUCUAAGUGAAUGAGCCAAUCUUUGAUUAGUAAAGUCAUCGUGUCACUGCAGCUGCCAUUGGAAGCUCCGGUUACUAUAGAAACAGGCAGCGUUCUCAGGCUCACGCUCAUGACUGUGCAUGCGUAUUGGCUGGUUUAGCAUGAAAAAUAAACUUUUUUAAACAAUAUUUAAAUAUAAGAAACAAGCUUUACGAGAUUGUUGUCAGAUUUCAUUGGUGUUUUUAAAAAUGAAAUUUAAUCGUAAGCUUAGUGAACAGUUUUGGAAAAUUUGAUGUUUCCCCGUUCAAAAAAAAAUAGGAGCUGCACUUGGACGCCCGAGGGGCAUUUCAAAUAUGGCCGCCGAGUGAAAUGACUUGUCUUAAAGGGACAUUGAUACAACUCUGCAUAAUGGAACUCGAUGAUGUCUGCAUGAGCAGGGUGCGCAGUGAAUGAAAAUACAUGUUAACAAGCAGGACUUUGUAUCAUUACAUUUGGAUUGAACAUAGUUUUUCUGGUCCUAAACUAUAUGAAUAUUUUUUAAUAUUUAGACCACUUCUUUUAUUGACUGGUAUCAGGAUGUGAUACUUUAAUUACGGGGUCCUCCUUUGUUUUUAAUUUGUAGAAUAGUAUCUUGGUAAAUUUGUUGGUGAUCUAAUAGUCAGUAUCUCUACAAUAUUUCUACUCUUCAAACUUGCAAAAUAGCAGUUCAAACUAAUAUCUUAAGUCUCUGUGAUGAUUGGUUGUUAUACCAAGGGAGUAUAACACUCUAACCACAGAAAGUACGAAGUACUUUUAACCAAAGGAGGCUAAGUCUUUCCAGUUUUCCGAAUGGCAAAUUUGGCACACUCGGGGAAGAGCAGUGGUGGUUUAGAUUCAGUAAUAUUUCAUGAUGUUACAGUGAUGAAAUUACAGAGAAGAAAUGUAAAUUCUUAGGCAUGAAAUGAAAUCAAAAACUAGUAAUUUUAUUAAUAUUAAAUCAUCCUCCUCCCAUUUUCCACCUCAAAAUUUUGAGUAGACUGUGCCUCUCUUGCCUCCCAUGAUGAGCUGCCACUGAUGUUUACUGACUUGAGACUAAAAGACUUGACACUUAACUCAGACUCCAGGGUUACAAACUUUAGACUUGACUUGCACUCCAGCUUAGGGCUUGAUUCAGACUUAAGGUGAAAAAAAGAACAUUUCUGAACUUGUCCCCUCCCAGGUUUGCUGAUAUUCGAAGAUUCAUUACAGGGAUCUGAGCAAUAUUUUAUUAACUCUUUCUCUUUUUUGUGAAUCUUGUGGACCAGACCAAAUACCUUCCAAACCGGAGAAACCAAAAAGGUCAUCAGAUCAACAUACAGUGCAGUACAGACCUCAGAAGAUGCCUUCUUUACCGUUUUUAAAUAUAUUUGGCAGACAGCUGACCCAAAUGAGUAUUGUGACCUCAGUUCCAAUGACCUUUUCAUUAGUGGGUUUGCAGGCAGUUAUGGAUGUAAAAUUUUCAUGCCCAUGCAAAGCUUACUGGAACAUGCCUAUAACAGCUUUCAUCUUCAUCGUUCCAGCUUUCUUUGCUUUCAUUAUAAUGUUCAUAUUGUUAAGGCCUAUUCCAUUUAAAUAUAGCUGUUCUCAAAAACAAAACAACAUUGAAGCAUCUCGAAGAAAUAAAGACUGUGAAGAAACAUCUCAAGGACAUGACAACAAAGAAACACCUCAAGAACAUCUCAAGUACUGUAUAAAAUGUCGUGUUAAAACUUUUUUAGUUUGUUUGAUUCCUAGUCUUGUGUGGAUCUGUAUAUUUUUAAUUGAUGGUGAUUAUAUUGCAUGUGGAUUCACAAACUGGAAUGGACGCUAUGCCUGUGAUAAAGAACUGCAUCCAUAUUGUCUGAAUUGGUGCAAACCCACUGAAUUAAGCUCAGAAAAAAAUGAGACUAAAUGUUACGAGAGAACACGGGAGUUGAUAUAUAUAUCAAAGAUUUCAGGAUAUGUUCUGGCACUUAUCUUCUGUAUCAUAACAAUUAUUUUGGUGACUUUUGACUGGGACGGAAGUCUAAUAUCAAAGAGCAGCAGUACUGGAAGCAGCACCUCAGCAGAGCCAAACACAGAUAAGAGCAACAAGGACAAGUCAGACAACCUUCCGAUGAGAAGCAUUGGAAGCACACCUGAGCAAAGCAAGUCCCUUAUUCCCCGCCAAGGAGGAAGAGGAGAGGGCAAGAAAGAGGAAGAGGAGGAAGAGGAGGAGGAGGGAAAUAAAGAGGAAUAGGAGGAAGAGGAGGAGGAGGAAGGAAAGAAAGAGGAGGAUGAGGAGAGCAAAAAA